CGUUUUUGAACGCAUUAUUUUGGGUUCACUUGUUGCUUCCGUCGCACCGUUCUUCGUUUUUAUAUAUAAAUGCCACCAAAGAAAUCGCUCGCAGAUCAGAUCGCCGAUCUCGAAACGACAGUCCAGAAUGACUACGAUCCCGAGGACAUUACAGGGCCAGUUCAUGAAAACAUUGACAGUGCUGAUGGUGGUGACGACGACGACGACGAUAACGAUGCUCGAGAACAUUAUGUCAAAGUCGGCAAAAGUUCGUUACGAAAUCAGCAACAGUUUUUACUAGACGAUCCACGAUAUGCUGGACAACGCGCGAGUCGUAAAGAUUUAUAUUCUUCUGACGAGGAAGAGGAUAUGGAAGAAGAACUACAAGACGAUGAAGAAGAGGAAUCUGCGGUUGAUUUGAAAGAAGGUGACGAGAAUGAGGAAUUCGAAUCGUGGCAUGGUGGAUCUGACGACGAUGAGAAAUUGCAACAAGCAAUUGGUGACGAUGUCUCAGAGGAGGAAAGCGAGGAAGAUGAGGACGACGACGACAGUGAUGACGAGGAGAUAGAAGAAGAGAAUACCGAGCUCAACGACGAAUUGCGUAAAUUGCAAGAGGAUGAAAAGACCAUGAUAUCCAAAAUGUCACAAAGUGCACAGAGUGACAUUGAAAAAGGUCAACACGUCCGACAGCAACUGACAUUAUGGGAAAACUUUCUGGAAAGUCGCAUCCGUACACAAAAGAUUGUUGAACUUGCAAAUCAAUUACCUCAGCAUGAAACUUGGCCAGAUUACUUGGCAAAAGAAGAAGGCAUUGAGCCUGAUCUGGAUGCUGCAAAGGACGAGUUGCGGGAGACGAUCGAUGAAUUGAUUGACCUGCGAACAAAUCUACUAAGUGAUACGGAUGCUGUGGAAAUGGGCGAAGAGCAUACAUGGAACAAGCGGAAGAGACAUCUUGACGAUGAUGACGAAUAUAUUGACAAGCUCUGGGAGGAUAUAUCACAAAUCAACGAUGUAUUUGUUCCAUUCCGUGAUUCAACUUUGGAGAAAUGGAGCAACAAAGUUCAAAUAGCAUCAAGCGCAAGAUUGAACAAAAAGUUUAAAGCCUUUGAUCAAAACAUCAUGACACAAGUGAGCAACAUUAUGUCAGAUAAAGAGAAUCUUGUGCGACGGACACAGUUGCAACGAUCCGAAUACCGGGUCCUCGGGAAGAAGAUUCAAGAGGCACCUGAGCUAUCCCCGAAUGAUCAAGAAAGCACACGCGAAUCACGCAAAGCAGACCGUCAUUUGAACAAUUACGAUGUGGAGAUUUUCGACGAUAAUGAUUUUUACCAACAGUUGCUGCGUGAAUUGAUUGAAGCACGUAUGGUUGAUACGGAUGAUCCGAUUGCUCAGGGUAUGCGAUGGGCAGCACGGAAAGCGGCUGAAUCGAAAAAGAAGAAGCGUGCUGUGGAUCGCAAGGCUAGCAAGGGCCGUAAAUUACGAUUCAAUGUUCAUGAGAAACUGCAAAACUUCAUGGCACCUAUUCCAGCUGGUACUUGGCACAAUGAAAUGACAGAAGAACUUUAUACUUCGUUGCUUGGUCAAAAGAAGAUGGUUUUAGAUGAAGCUGCUGCAUAAGCAAAGAAGAGUGAAAAAGUAUAAUAGAUAUCAUAUUUGCAUUUUUUGUUUUUAUUAUUAUUUUUGUAAAUUGUUAUUGUAAAAAAAAGAAAAGACAAUCCUCACAUC